UGUAGAAUUCAACAUGGCUGCCCUCGGCUGUCAUUAAGGGGAGUUGUUUUCAACUCGGAGGCAGUUUAGCCUGACGGGACGAGCAGAGGAAAAAAAAUCUCUUCGUAACCUGGUUCUUGUGCGGACGCAGCCUCCCGGCGAUCGCGAUGGCGCAGUGCGUUCAGUCUGUGCAGGAGUUUAUCCAGGACUCGUUCGUGCCUAUGGUGGCCGUCCUGUGCAGCGAAGAUGCGGAGAAAGUGACUCGUAAAAACAACCUGAAUUUCUCCGAGCUGGUGAGGCCUUUCUGUCGGCUCACCUCUGAAGGUCACAUGAGAGACCCCAACAACCAGAUCCAGGUGAUCAAGAACCUGAAGAUCAGCGUGUCCAACAUGGUGACGCAGCCCCCCAAGGCCCCGGUGAUCCGCAGGCUGCUGGACGAGGUGGUGUCGGUCAGUCAGCCCGCAGAGGGAUUAGUGGCUAACGUGAUUACAGCCGGAGAUUAUGAUCUCAACAUUAGCGAUCGCUCACUUAAAGCUAGUGUUCCCUGGUACAGUAGUUGGAAAGAGACACUGAGGGAACUGAACACUUCCAAGGUCUAUACAGCUACGACCCCUUGGUUCGAGGCCUAUCGUGAGAACUUCCUCCAGUCCAUGCCGGCGUCCGACCACGAGUUUCUCAACCACUAUCUCGCAUGCAUGCUGGUGGUGUCGUCCCGGGAGCCGGUGCCCGUGGAGCAGUUCCUGAAGCUCUCUCAGGAGCAGCACCGGAUCCAGCACAGCGGGGAGUACACGUACCCCAAGUGGUUCAUCCCAAACACGCUCAAGUACUACGUCCUGCUGCACGACAUCAGCGAUGGCGACGAGCAGAGGGCGGACUCCGUAUACGAGGACAUGAAGCAGAGGUAUGGAACGCAGGGCUGCUACCUGCUCAAAAUUAACUCCCGGACACCAGCAAGUGGGUCGGACGAGCAGAUCCCGGAUCCCUGGAGCCAGUAUUUACAGAAAAGCAGUUUCCAAAAUCAGGAGUUUCUAGAAGAAGCUUCCUCUGUGGUGGUAAAUGACACAAAGGUGGAGAACAGCACAGGGGCAGCUGAAGUUGACGGGCUUGACCCUUCAGCCAAAGAUGGGGUUCCCAACAACUUUGACGCCCACCCCCUUCAGUUAGAUCACCCCAGUGAUCCCGGGGGUGCACAGGACGGCCUCGAUGCCGUCAAAACCACAGCGCUGACGUCGGACGCUAAAAAACAGCCCAGCGUCACCUCCCACGGGGCCUGUCUGACCCUCAACGACCACGACCGGAUCCGGCAGUUCAUCCAGGAGUUCACCUUCAGGGGCCUGCUGCCCCACAUCGAGAAGAACAUCCGGCAGCUCAACGACCAGCUUGUGUCACGGAAAGGGCUGAGCCGUUCUCUCUUCUCCGCCACUAAGAAGUGGUUUGGCGGAGGCAAGGUCCCCGAGAAGAGCAUCAACGAGCUGAAGAACACAGCUGGCCUGCUCUAUCCUCCAGAGGCGCCUGAGCUGCAGAUAAGGAAAAUGGCCGACCUCUGCUUCUUGGUGCAGCACUACGAGCUGGCCUACAGCUGCUAUCAUACUGCCAAAAAAGACUUCCUCAACGACCAGGCCAUGCUGUACGCUGCUGGAGCGCUGGAAAUGGCAGCGGUGUCUGCCUUCCUCCAGCCAGGAGCCCCGAGGCCGUAUCCUGCCCACUACAUGGACACGGCCAUCCAGACUUACCGGGACGUGUGCAAAAACAUGGUACUGGCGGAAAGGUGUGCUCUGCUCAGUGCAGAGAUCCUCAAAAGCCAGGCGAAGUACUCAGACGCAGCCACCCUCCUGAUCAAAAUGACAAGCGAGGACUCGGACCUGCGAAGCGCCCUGCUGUUGGAGCAGGCUGCCCAUUGCUUCAUCAACAUGAAGAGUCCGAUGGUGCGCAAGUUUGCUUUCCAUAUGAUCUUGGCAGGCCACAGGUUCAGCAAAGCAGGCCAGAAGAGACAUGCUCUCCGAUGUUACUGCCAGGCUAUGCAGGUGUACAAGGGCAAAGGCUGGUCUUUGGCCGAGGACCACAUCAACUUCACCAUCGGGCGGCAGUCCUUCACUCUGCGGCAGCCGGAGAACGCCGUGUCGGCCUUCAGGCACAUACUCAUCAACGACAGCAAGCAGGCGGCCUCGCAGCAGGGCGCCUUCCUCAGAGAGUACCUCUACGUUUACAAGAGCGUGAGCCAGCUGUCCCCGGAGGGAUCCCUGCCCCAGCUGCCCCUGCCCUGCAUCCAGAGCUCCGCCACGCGCGUCUUCUUCGGCCACGACCGGAGACUGGCAGAAGGAGAGAAGCAGGCUGCCACUCACGUCAGUCUGGACCAGGAGUACGACCGGGACCUCUCCCAGCAGUGGAAGGAGCUGGAGGAGCAGGUGGUGGCCAUCGUUAACAGAGGGGUCGUCCCUGUCAAUUUUCAGCCCACCCAGUACUGCCUGAACAGCCAGACCGACAAUAUGCGUUUCCCUCUGGCUGUUGUGGAAGAACCCAUCAUCGUCGAGGUUGUGUUUAGAAACCCUCUGAAGGUCCCCCUCCUCCUCACUGACCUCUCCCUGCUGUGGAAGUUCACCCCCAAAGACUUCGUCCAACCGCAGGACAGAGAGCCGGGAGAGACCGUGAGCAACGAGAAGGACGCCCACACGUUGAAGGGGACAGCCUUCAAAAAUGAAUUCAUCACCACUGAAGUAAUAGCAGAGUUUUUCAUGAGCCCGGAGGAAACUAAAGUGGCUCGCUUGAAGCUGCUACCGCACCAGACCGGGGAGCUGCACAUCCUGGGGGUGGUCUACAACCUCGGCACAACUCCCUCUUCUGCUGAAGGAAACCCAGUCAAUGAUGGGUUGAUGGUGCGUGGUCGUCAGGACCUGGAGAUCCAGGGCCCUCGCCUCAACAGUACCAAAGAGGAGAAGACCUCCGUGCGGCAUGGGCCUGAUCGCCGCCUGGACCCCAUCAUCGCUCCACCCAUGCCCCUGCUGGAGGUGUUCUUCAUUAACUUCCCAACCGGCCUGCUCUGCGGGGAGAUCAGGAAGGCCUAUGUGGAGUUCGUCAACGUGAGCCAGGUGCCCCUGACGGGCCUCAGGGUGGUGUCCAAGCACCCGGAGUUCUUCACCUUCGGCAGCCACGCGUCCACGCUCACCCCGCUGAGCCCCACCGCGUCCGAGAACUGCAGCGCAUACAAGACGGUGGCCACGGGCCCCGCUGCCGCCGAUGGUGGGCCGGCCGCCACCACGCUGGUGUCCCCGGCCGACUUCGGGGCGGGCAGCAACGGGCUGUGCCCGGGCGUGGUGGACAUCCCGCUGCCGGACUCGGUGCUCCAGCCGGGGGCCUCCGUCCAGCUGCCCAUGUGGCUGCGCGGCCCCGACAGGGAGGGCGUGCACGAGAUCAACUUCCUGUUUUACUACGAGAGCACGGAGAAGACGUCUAAACUGAGCCAUCGAGUGCUGCGGCACACGGCGGUCAUCUGUGCGAGCCGCUCUCUGAGCGUGCGGGCCACGGCGCGGCGAAGCAACACCUUCCAGGACCAGGAGGACGGCCGCAACGGGAGCAUGCUCAUCUUCGUGGAUGUGGAGAACAUCAACACUAAUGAGGCCGGCGUGAGGGAGUUCCACAUCGUGCAGGUGUCCAGCAGCAGUAAGCAGUGGCGGCUGCACAAGUGUAUAAAUCCGUCCGAAGACAAAGAUGCAAAACUCACAAGCAGAGAGAGAGGAAAGCUUUGCUUCAGAGCUACAAAAUGCAGAAACGUUGAAGCUACCUCAAACGCACAAGAGAAGUAUACCUUUGCAGAUAUAAACCUAGGAAACGAACAGAUAAUCAGCGCCACCACGCCGUGCGCCGACUUCUUCUUCCGGAGGUGCCAGUCCGCGGAGCCGAAGAAGGCGGCCGUCUCGGGGCACGUGGGGUUCGCACAUUCCAAGGGCCAGGAUGGCGGCGGCAGCGACGAGGACAUGGCCAGCGUGGUGCGCAAGUGCAGCGAGGUGGACCUCAAUGUCAUCGUGCUCUGGAAGGCGUAUGUGGUUGAAGACAACAAGCAACUCAUCCUGGAGGGGCAGCUCCAUGUAGCUCUUCAGACUAUUGGAAAAGAAGUCUGUUCCUUGUCACAGAAAGAGGAAGCUCAAGAAAUGGUGCUGCUGAAGUUCAAACCGGAAAUCCCUCCUCCGCUGGCGAGGCCAAGUCUGGAGCAGCUCCCCCACCUCAUCAAAACCAACCUCCAUUACCCCGAGUCCUACAAUCACCCCUUCCCACAGAAGAGUCUGUGCAUGGUACCUGUAACCCUGAGGCUUUCAAACUGCUCCAUGGCGGAGGUCGAUGUCAUCAUAGACUUGAGACACAAAGCCACGAGCCCGGAGACUUUAGAAGUGCACGGUUCUUUCACCUGGCUGGGGCAGACCCAGUACAAGCUUCAGCUCAAAGCUCAGGAAAUCCACAAGCUUCAGCUGAUGGCCUGCUUCAUCCACGCGGGCGUGUACAACCUGGGGACGCCGCGGGUCUUCGCCAAACUCUCUGACCAAGGUUCGAUGUGCGAGACGAGCCAGCAGAACUCUAUGCCAGCCUUGAUCAUAAUCAAUAGCAUCUGAACUUAGGAUAUCAACUACCAAUACUGAAUACUGGAAAUCGUCAAAAUUGUUUUGUACUUCUUCUUCACAAGAAAACGAGAAGCAAUGAGAGAGAAAAAGAAUCCUGCAUAAGACGUGCUUGUAAACAUUGCUACUGCAAGAUCUUAAAUAAACCUAGCUAUUUUAUGUCUCUACAGCUAAGCAUUAUGGACUUUUAAGUGUGUAACGAUUAUUUUUUUCUUUACAUAUUUAUCUUUCAUCCCAGCUUGUAACUUUCUUUUUUUAAUACAUACAAAGUGGGGGAGGGGUGGGGUCUGACAUCACAGUUCUACCCCGGACUACUGGUCUUCCACAGAGAUUUUUUUUGGCGGUGGCAUAGUUCCAGCUUAAGGUAAUGAAAGAUCACUAGCCAGCCCCCAUGAAAUGAGCCUGAAAACCUAUAUAUUUGGGCGAACGGGGAAUCGGCAGACAAUGAACACGGCGUCCCAGACCCACAAACUGAUUCCUUUGUUGUUGUCUCUUACCUAUCAUGUCAUCUGUAACUGAAAUUGAGUUGUGUAAAACCUAACUUUUUUUUUAAGAUGGUUCCAUAAUUUGACCAGACCUGUUGACAAAAAAGUGAAAAAUCUCAGUAUGUCGUUGAAAGCUGUGCAGUUCUCACAAGCACGAUUUUUAUUUUCUACAAACAAAAUCAUUCCCCUUACUGUAACUCCACCAUUUGAUUAAGCUGUUAUUUAAGUGUAUCUACAUGACUGCUUUUCAGAAAAUGUAUUAUAUUUAUAACAAAUUU